UUUAUUAUGCCUUGGGAUCAAGUCUCACGUCAGUAUAAGUCGGCGUCGAGUUCAAAGUACGCGAUACACCUCGCAUCAAACUAACCUAAAUCUCUUAUCUAAAAUCUCGUAUACAGGGUACAGUGUCGUGACGAAAUGAUAGUCAUCUCGAGAUUCGUGAUCAAAAACAGUCCCGCUGUUUCCCAGGGAAGGCAUAUCGCCAGAACAUUAUCCACCGAGAAGAAAUAUGUGGAGACGACUGAAGGAAGCGGGGUCAGAACCAUCUGUUUGAGCGACUCUUCUUCACUCAACUCCCUAUCGCUGGAGAUGCUGAAAACCUUGGUGAGAGAGAUCAAGAGGGACGAGGACAACAAGGACCUCCGGUCGAUCGUACUGACGUCCGCGCACGGAAAGGUGUUCUCCGCCGGGCACAAUCUAAAGGAACUGACGGUUGCGAACGCCAAGUCCCACAAGGACGUGUUUGAGAUCUGCUCGGAGUUGAUGCGGGCCAUCAGUCAGAGUCCGGUGCCGGUGAUCGCGGCGGUGGACGGUUUGGCAGCCGCAGCCGGCUGUCAAUUGGUCGCGGCGUGUGACAUCGCGGUGUGCACGGAAAGAAGUUCGUUCUCCACCCCAGGAGCAAAUCUCGGAAUAUUUUGCUCGACACCAGGUGUACCGCUGGUGCGGAAUGUCCCAAGGAAGAAUGCGAUGUACAUGCUCUUCACGGGAUUACCCAUUUCCGGCAAAGAAGCUUACGAGUGCGGUCUCGUUAGUAAAGUCGUGGCGAACGACAAGCUUGACGAAGAAGUUCGUCGAAUUACAGACGCAAUCAACGCAAAGAGCCGCUCGGUCGUGCAUAUCGGUAAAACGUUUUUAUACGAGCAAAUGGCUCUUGAUAUAUCGACAGCGUAUACUUUGGGCACCGAGAAAAUGGUAAACAAUCUGAAAAUGAGAGAUGCGCAGGAAGGAAUACAAAGUUUUUUCGAAAAGAGAAGACCGAAUUGGUCGCAUGACUACGAGAAUAAUUAAUUACAUAUAUCUGUAUAUUUUUUUAUGCGAACCUUUUUUACAGUUGAUAUUAAGUGAUACUUUUUACUUGCGUAUAAUUUCAAUAAUAAAAUAAUUUUUAAAAACUAUA